GAGGAAAUACAGACCACGAAAAAGUAUGGCGACGUCCUUAGUUUUGAGGGCUUCAGGAAUCUUCUCUGAAAACCUUGGUGUCAUUCUUGGUCAUCGGGGAUCCUGCCUCACAGCAUGUUCUCGACAUUUCUUCAGUGAUUCAAAAGAAGACAAAAGCCAUACAAAGGAUAUUAGUGUUGUCCCAUUCCGAGACGCGAGCUCAAAAGCUGUGAAACAAGAUGUUGUUAGCCGGAAGCCAUACUCGCCGUUUCAGAACACUAACAAUAAAGUGGACUAUGCCCUUGCCCGGGUCGAUGAUUUACUCAACUGGGCAAGAAAAAGUUCUCUGUGGCCAAUGACCUUUGGUCUGGCGUGUUGCGCUGUGGAGAUGAUGCAUUUCGCCGCUCCCCGGUACGACAUGGACAGAUUUGGCGUUGUUUUCCGAGCCAGUCCCCGACAGGCGGACUGCAUGAUAGUGGCAGGCACGGUCACAAACAAAAUGGCCCCAGCUGUGAGAAAAGUUUAUGACCAGAUGCCGGAGCCUCGCUGGGUGAUCUCAAUGGGUAGCUGUGCGAAUGGCGGGGGCUAUUACCACUAUUCCUACUCUGUGGUGCGCGGCUGUGAUCGUAUCAUCCCUGUUGACAUAUACGUACCAGGUUGCCCACCCACAGCAGAAGCAUUGCUUUAUGGAGUUCUGCAGCUACAGAAGAAAAUCAAGCGGCAGAAAACAGUCCAGAUGUGGUAUAGAAAGUAGCAUCUGAAUCUUUUUGUACAUAUUUAUUGGAGUUAUCUGAGUGGAUAUAUCUCAUUUUAACUUUGUUAUCUCAAAAAGAAUAGAUAUAGCUCACAUGUGAAUGGAUAUUGUGUUAAAAGCAUCAGUAGUGCGUCUAAACAAGUUUCUGGAUGUGGCACAUCUUUUAAUGAAACUACUGAUUUAUUUCACUGAAUUAGAUGUUUCUUCACUUGUGGUACAGUGUGUGGAAUUUUUGUUAAAAAGAUUAUUGUGUAAAUAAAUAAUAUAAAAAAUAAAA